UUCAUAAAAAUGCAAAUGAGCCCAUGCCCCAGCACAUAAAUACCUCUCCAAACCAUUGAAGCAUGUCUUUGUUCUUCGUGGUACGGCCUGAACGCACGUGUUAUUCACGCACUCCAGUCCUUUAGUUAGUUUUACUACGUUACUUACUACAUCUUACUACAUUUUACAACGAAGUUUUUGACGUUUCCUGUGCAUCAUGUCUUCAACGACUAAGAAAACAAAAUCAUCAAGUAAGACGGCUCCUCCGCCUUCGUCUGGUGAGAAAAGCAAGAAACCUACAGCCAUUUCUUCUGCUCCGACCUCGCCUUGGGUCGAGCAGCGAAGUGGAACGACCGACCCCGCCUUGCCUUGGGCGGGAGGAGAACGUGCUAACGCACAGCUACAGAACCCUGAGCCAGAAAAGGGGUCGCCUUGCCCUUCUUUCCAACGGCAUUCUCCAUCCUUGGCCCCGAGAGUUUCUCGAGUUCCACAGGCACAGUUUGUUGCCAACACCGGUACGGGUUUUACCUCGCCUUGGGUUGCCCCUGCUGCUGCACCGCCGGGAAAUAUCAUGGCAGGAACCGCUCAUCAACAGUGGAAUUUUCCUGCUGACGCUAGAGGGCAGUAUACCGACAUGGCGCCGCCCAUGUACCCGGUUUACGGUGGGAUGAAUCCGUUCAUGUUCGGACAAUAUGGACAACCUAUGACAGCCCAAUGGCCACAAUUUCAGCGACAGCGUAACCCCGCUGCUUCUGCUUCUUCUCUAGCUCUUCCGAACCCCGUCACUUGGGAAUCUGGAGUUAUUGACCAGGUUAGUCACGAUGUUUCUGCCGCUCACUCCGACGCUGCCGAUCGUUUUAUCACCGAUGCCGAUGGGGCUUCGGCCUCGGGGACGUCCAGGUCCGACAGUCAUGGCUUCCGCAACCCCCACUGCAAAUGACGAUCUACUCGAUCUACAAGCGUUUUGACUCUUUGAAAAAGAAAGCACCCUCGAUGGAUUUCUUCUUCGGUGGCAAUCUUGUUAAAGAUAUAGAGGAGGCAAAAAAGGCUAAUAAAUUCGCCUCCAAGGUCAUCAAGGGAACCUCUGGAUCAACAUCUAUUUCUUCGAAAAAGAGUAGAUUUUCUCCAUACUCUUCAGCAGUUGAGAGAAAAUUCAGUGGAGGUCGUACCUUUUGAGGCGGCUGAUCCUUCAACAAUUCCACCAGUUAUGGAAAUGGAAGGUCAUCGUGGUCUUCCCGUCGCAACACAUGCAAGGGCAACGGGAAUGCUGAUGACAAGUCAAAAGAGUAGAUCAGACAGGUCGUCUCGUAAUUUUUUGUUCAACUCUGGAGAACUCUUAUGCAAGACAGCCGGAUUCUCCAGUCAGUUUGUGGCCACAAGAUAGAAUUUAUAAAGCCACCGUUUCAGUUGCAGGAAAGAGUACCUGCCAAUCGUUUUUGCUCCGCACCUCAAGUAGAGUCAGUGCCAGCAGAAGUACAAAAGUUAUUGAAGAAAAAAGCCAUCACACUGGAAGAUCCAGUGGAGGGCCUAUUAAUUUCCUUUCUGUUCUAAUUCCAAAUGAAAUCAGGAGAGCUCCGGCCGAUCAUAAAUCUUCGUCUGCUAAACAAGUUUGUGCUUUAUCAACACUUCAAGAUGGAUGGAAUAAAUCUAGUAAAGGAUUUGUUAAAUCUAGACGACUUCUUGGGCUCAAUCGCUCUAAAGAACUUCUACCUCAUGGUCCCCAUUCACAUGGAACAUCGCAAUUACCUGCGUUUCCGUUGGCAAGACAGUUUAUAGCAGUUUACUUACCUUGGUUUCCUCUUCAAUUCAUCCACAAUGUCUUUGGCCCUGCCAGGGGAGAAAGCAAACAAGAUUGUAGAACAGUGCUUAGAAGCUUUCUUCGCGCAAGAAAGUUGGCGGUGAGGGCUCUUGCACGACUACUCGGCCGCCUAUCCUCGAGCAUUCAGGCAGUUUUUCGGCACCGCUGUCCUAUCGAAGGAGAAACCUAGAAGUUCACUUGUUUCCCCCAUUUGCACUUAUCGCAAGAUGUCUUCAAAAGGUUCUUGCAUACGAGGCCACAGUUCUUCUGAUAGACCCUGUGUGGAAAACGCAAUCCUGGUACCCACUUCUGUUAGAACUCAAGGGAAAACUCCAGUAGUAUUGGAGUUUCUGAGGUUGUGUCACGACCAAUAUCAUCCAAUGUGGAAAACCUUGCAGUUAGCCGCAUGGAAGCUAUCAGGCAAUCCUUAUCAGCAAGAGGUAUUUCGCAGCAAGUGUCCUCUGUCAUCUUAUCAUCCUGGCGCCAUGGCACUAAUGCCCAGUUCAAUUCAGCAUGGAACCGAUGGAGUCGCUUGUGUGUUCAACACCAAGUCGAUCCUAUUCGAGCACCUCUAGCUGACAUCCUCGAGUUCUUGCACAGUUUUUUCCAGCAAGGACUACAAUAUAGAACGAUCAACGUGUAUAGAUCAGCAAUUUCUUCAGCUCAUGUUCCGGUGGAAGGAGCUCCGGUUGGUCAACAUUCCCUGGUUUCAAGAUUUCUGAAAGACUCUUUAACAUUCGUCCAUGGCAGCCUAAAUAUUGUACAACAUGGGAUACCGGGAAGGUCCUACAGUACAUCCUUUCACUCCCUCGGAACAGAGAGUUGAGCUUAAGGCUCCUGACUUUGAAAACAGCUAUGCUGAUUGCACUUGUUACAGCGGGACGCUGUUCAUCCUUAAUCGCUUUGGACUUGCAGAUUAUGCAAAAAACUAAAACAGCUUUUGUUUUUACCCUGGUGAAACCAACAAAGUGCUCUACAAUCGGCAAGACUGCCAAGAAAGUGAUUUUAUCACAUUAUCCCCCGACAGUAAACUCUGUGUGGUGAAAGCCUUGGAAGUAUAUCUUCAGAGGACUAAGCCUGCCCGAGGACAGGGUAAGGACAAACUUACCAGUCUGUUUUUUGUCAUUUGUGAAACCCACUCAUGCUGUGGUGUCCGCUACUAUGGCACGGUGGUUGAGAACCAUUAUGGCUGCAUCUGGUAUAGAUGUGUCUCAUUAUCAGGCACAUUCUACUAGGGGAGCAGCCACCUCGGCAGCUGCUCGAGCAGGGGUAUCUACAGCACAGAUCCUGAAAGCUGCAGAUUGGUCAUCAGAGUCCACCUUUACAAGGUUUUACAGGAGAGAUGUUACAACGUCGGAGUUCCAGACAGCUGUCCUGGCUUCAGUCAAGCAUUGAAAUAUACAGGGUGAAUCUGAGGUCUAGGCUGAAAUAUAAUUUCAAAUUAUGUUAAGGUACUUACCUGACAUAUAAUUGUAAUUAUAUGAAGCCGUAGGAGGAGAGACUCACACUCCUUCCCUGUGCAUCUCAGACAUCUUCUUCUUGCCCACCCAUGAGUCUACCUCAGCCAGCUACUUACCUUCACUUACCUACGAAGAGACAUGCUUCAAUGGUUUGGAGAGGUAUUUAUGUGCUGGGGCAUGGGCUCAUUUGCAUUUUUAUGAAUGGAGGAACUUUCCAUGUUAUUUAAAGGUUAGUUCAGACCGUAUUAAAUGGAACAUAAUACAGGGUGAGUUUCUCCUCCUACGGCUUCAUAUAAUUACAAUUAUAUGUCAGGUAAGUACCUUAACAUAAUUUGAAAUUUUAAGGUACACUCUACUAUCAUUAUCUUCAAACGGUGUACGUUUGAUCCAAAUCUGUGGGCAUUGUGUUCUGUGUUACAAAAAGUACCCAAAUCCUUUAAACAAAAAAUCAAGCUCAAUGAGAAACAUUUUUCAUGUUCUUGUUUGGACAAGCUUUGCCUUAAAAAUUAUCUAAAGGUGAAGAUGGCCGAGUUAAACUUAUAAAUGUCAAACCAAUUAAGACAACUAACAGAAAAGUAAUUAAAUGCGUUAUAAACAACCCAUUAUUGAUAUAGAAAGGUUUGCGGUAACACCAUGUAAUGACUAUCUCUAAUGAGUUGGGGUGGUUAUGAAAAAAAACGUUG